CAGAAUACUUUUACGGCAGUCAGUGGCUACACGCGUUAUGAUCACAUGGAGGUCCGUUGGAGUAAAUAGCUGUAAAUAGCCCAUCAAAGAAGCUAAUUUGAAGAUAAAAUGUCUUUCAGAGGGGGAGGUGGACGAGGUGGACGAGGUGGUGGGUUUAAUCGAGGCGGUGGGUUUAACCGAGGAGGAUUUGGUGGAGGCAGGGGCGGCAGAGGUGGUUUUAACAGACAAGACUUUGGUCCUCCAGAUCGUGUUGUUGCACUGGGAGAGUUCAUGCAUCCAUGUGAAGAUGAUAUUGUGUGUAAGUGUACAACAGAGGAAAACAAAGUUCCCUACUUCAAUGCCCCAGUGUAUUUGGAAAACAAGGAGCAGAUUGGGAAGGUGGACGAGAUAUUUGGCCAGCUACGGGAUUUUUAUUUUUCAGUCAAACUUUGUGAAAAUAUGAAGGCAUCUUCAUUUAAGAAACUGCAGAAGUUUUAUAUUGAUCCAAUGAAGCUCCUCCCGCUGCAGAGAUUCCUCCCCAGGCCGCCAGGAGAGAAGGGUCCACCUAGAGGAGGCCGCGGUGGAGGCAGAGGUGGAGGAAGAGGUGGUGGUCGUGGAGGUGGAUUUCGAGGUGGCCGUGGUGGCGGAUUUGGUGGUGGUGGACGUGGUGGAGGAUUUGGAGGUGGUGGACGCGGUGGAGGAGGAGGCUUCAGAGGAAGAGGAGGUGGUGGAGGACGUGGAUUUAGAGGUGGAAAAUGAUGAGACAGUGAGGGUCUGGUGUAAUCUUCUCAUUUCUGUCUACACCUACCCCAGUAAAAAAGCUGUGGUCCAUGCCAAUUCGUGGCUUGCUGUACCUCAGAAUAUGGACAUUGCCUCUAUUUGUACAACUUGAGUGAAUUCUUUUUUUACCACUUUUGUAUGAAUGAUGGAUCUCAAGAUGCUUUUAUUUAAAAGAUUCAUGUGUUAUUGUGUGUAACAUCGUGGGGACCUUUUCAGCCUGUUAUGAAGGGUUAUCAAGUACCUCUCAACAGGCAUUAUCCUGUGCUGAUUGUGUUAAAAUAUAUGGCCAUGGCAGAUGUUUGUGCUUUUUUCAGUGUUAGCUGAAAACAUCUUAUUACACACAAUUUGUAAAAUCUUGAGCAAAAUAUUGUCAUGUUUUUGCUAAAGGUCUUGAUUAAAAGGUGCUUUGCAA